AGUCGCCGGCCGUCGCCUCCCGGGGUUGCGGCGAGGCGGGUCCUCGAGUGGCACGGCCCUGCGCGCUCCCUGCACCCUCCCGAGCUGCGCCAGCCCCGGAAACCGAAACCAAAGCCCGGCCCUGCUUUCCGCGGGCCCGCCGGCCGCCUGCACCGAGGGCCGCGCUCGCCCGGCCGCACAGUCCAGAGCCGCGCGCACCGGCCCGGAGGCUCCGGGAGCUGGGCGCGGGGAGCGCGCGGACCGCGAGGGUCCCGGGGCUUCCGGCCGCUGCUGCUCGCCCCCUGCGCUUGGAAGCCGCGCGCAGAAUGGGCAGGUGCGGCUUCUACACGGCGGGGACGCUGUCCCUGCUGCUGCUGGUGACCAGCGUCACGCUGCUAGUGGCCCGUGUCUUCCAGAAGGCCGUGGACCAGGCCGUCCAGAAGAACGUAGUGCUGAGGAACGGCACCGAGAUCUUCGACUCCUGGGAGAAGCCCCCUCUGCCCGUGUACACGCAGUUCUAUUUCUUCAACGUCACCAAUCCAGAGGAGAUCCUCAGAGGAGAGAAGCCUCUGUUACAAGAAGUGGGGCCGUACACCUACAGGGAGCUCAGAAACAAAGCAAACAUUCAGUUUGGAGAUAAUGGAACAACAAUAUCUGCUGUUAGCAACAAGGCCUAUGUGUUUGAACGAAACCAAUCUGUCGGAGACCCUAAAAUUGACUUAAUUAGGACAUUAAAUAUUCCUGUCUUGACUGUCAUAGAGUUGGCCCAGAACCCCCUCCUCCGGGAGAUCGUGGAGGCCAUGCUGAAAGCCUACCAGCAGAAGCUCUUUGUGACGCACACGGUGGACGAAUUGCUGUGGGGCUACAAAGACGAGAUCCUGUCCCUCAUCCACGUUUUCCGAUCUGACAUCUCCCCCUAUUUCGGCCUGUUCUACGGGAAAAACGGGACUAAUGACGGAGACUAUGUGUUCCUCACCGGAGAAGACAGUUACCUUAACUUUACAAAGAUUGUGGAAUGGAAUGGAAAAACGGCACUUGACUGGUGGGCCACGGACAAGUGCAACAUGAUCAAUGGCACAGAUGGCGACUCUUUUCACCCACUCAUCACCAGCGAUGAAGUCCUCUAUGUCUUCCCAUCUGAUCUCUGCAGGUCGGUGUACAUCACUUUCAGCGGCUUCGAGAGUGUCCAGGGAGUGCCUGCCCUCCGGUACAAGUUGCCCGCAGAAAUAUUAGCCAACACCUCCGAGAACGCCGGCUUCUGUCUCCCGCAGGGAAACUGCCUGGGCUCGGGCGUGCUCAACGCCAGCAUCUGCAAGGACGGUGCUCCCAUCAUCAUGUCUUUCCCACACUUUUACCAAGCAGAUGAGAGGUUUGUUUCUGCCAUAGGAGGCAUGCAUCCAAACAAGGAAGACCACGAGACCUUUGUGGACAUUAAUCCCUUGACUGGAAUUAUCCUACGAGCAGCCAAGAGGUUCCAGAUCAACGUUUAUGUCAAGAAAUUAGAUGACUUCCUUGAAACAGGGGACAUCAGAACCAUGGUUUUCCCAGUGAUGUAUCUCAACGAGAGUGUUCUCCUUGACAAAGAGUCUGCAAGUCGACUCAAGUCUGUGAUUAACACGACUAUGAUUAUCACCAACAUCCCCUACAUCAUCAUGGCCCUGGGUGUGCUCCUGGGUUUGGUCUUCACCUGGCUUGCGUGCCGAGGACAGGGGUCGAUGGAUGAGGGAACGGCGGAUGAAAGAGCGCCUCUCAUAAGAACCUAAGUGGACGGGGACUAUCGCUGAGCUUGGAGAAGGCACCCAGCCUGCGUGGUCCUGACCUAGACCACAGCUGGGCACGGCCUCCGCGUCCUCACGGGCUGUGGCCUGGGGAAGGGAGGGAAGACGCCGUGCCGGCAGGUGUUGCGAGCAUUCUGGCCAGAGGCUGAUGGACAGACGGGCUGACAAUGCUGGCCAUUGUGCUUCAUAAAAUCACGCGCUCUGAAAUUGUUUUCUCAUGUGUCUAGCAGGUAUUUAACGGGCUCCUUUAGUUUUUUGUUGUCGUUGGGUGCUGGUAGCUCCAGAACUCCGUGAGCACUGCUGUGGAUUUACUGUUUCUGCACCACUUGUUCAUGCUGCUUGGUCUAACCUUACUCAGUAUGCUUCAUUUACCAAACUUGGGGCUCAAAAUCCAUAUGUACCAUUUUGUGUUCUAUUCCUCCAUUUCACUCCCAAAACUGAAGUAAAUAAGAGUUUGGAACCCAGGGUACACUGGUAGCCUCAUCCAAAUCACUAUUCUAACGCACCUGCUUUCUGCUGUGUGAGUGAUGCCUAAGUAAUGCGGGGGAUGAUGAGUACAGCUGUUUCGUGUAGAGUAGGGCUACCUGCUAGUUACAGCGCUUGUGGACAGUUAAGUGGCGUGGUUUUAGUCACAGUGAUCUUGAUGUAGGAAGAUGCUUCUGGGAGAAUGCAAUCAGUAACUUCCCCAGUCACCUGCCAACCGUGCUUCUGUGUUAGCUGCAAUUGUAUUGAGUACUUCCCAGUACUAGUGAGUGAUUAUUUGUAAAAUUGGAAUAUAGGAAAUCCAUCCACCCAAAGACUGAGUUACACGGAACUUUCUGGAAGUCUCACUAGACCAGAGCGACAUAUCUUCUGGGCAAGGCUUCUUGGUAGCUUUGAAAUAGUUUUUUAAAUCCGUUCUUUCCUCAGAUCGAGUUUCUUCCAGUGUUUUUGGACUUGCUGUCACUGAAUAGAGGAAAGCGUGCCCUAUACUUCCCAUGACAAUCAUUCUGCCGACAGCAUGAUGCGGCUUGAAAAUAUUGCAUGAAAGUCCUGGAAGGAAAGGUCUUCUGGGAACAGAAGCAGAACUCAGCAGUCUCCUUGGCUUUCGGUGUGGCCUCAGCCGGAGGGCUGGGCUCCACCAUACACCACAGUGUUAAGCAUUCAAGCAGAUCGCAGGGCAUUUUGAUUGUCAGGAGUCACCACUCAUUUUUAAUUGAGAAGCCGGUAUAGUUACCUGGCGCAGUGCUUACAGAAUUCCUUAACAACUGAAUCAUUCUUGAAGCGUCUUUGUUUAAGACUGGAUUUCAGUGUAAGCAAAUGAAAGAGGAAGCCCUGGCCUUCAUAGCUGCUUCUCCCUUUAUGCAGGUAAAGGUCCCUUGAGCUUUGCACGUCCAGUCUUCCCUUUCUCUACACUAACGCAAUAUGUGACAUGUCACCCUUCCUGAAGGGUGAAUUCAUUCAACUCUCGACUUCUCGAUAAAUCAAGGUAGGAUUUUUAGAUGCCCUGAAUUGCCAAAAUGUGAAAAACAAAACUGAAAAUAAUUGGUCUUCAGGAAUGCUAACCAUCUAUUAUUUUUGGAAUGUAUCAGUAUUUAACGAGAUAAUUGCCAUACCUAACUCCUCGUGCCGCUACUUACCCACGCUAAUCAAAUUGAUAAACCAGUGCAUGCUCAUUGGUUCAGUCCUAUGUUCAGGAUGUAACCGUCCGAGAAGGGACAUUUGUAAAAGCAGUGGAGGAUGGCAGUGAAUCGUGCACACCCUGAGCCUGAACUUCGCACAGGCAUGUCUGUGUCUGAUUCUGAAUAGGUACUUGGCUUACAAUCACAUUUGAUUUACUUUCCUUCCAAAAAGUCCCCACAAACCCAAAAACUGAAGUCAGAAUUCUGACUUGGUUCAGAAGAAUGAAUGUUCCAAUUUGAUUUUAGGUUGAAAAUAAACUCUUCCUCGUGCUCAUUCUCUUGCAGCCAUUAUCCUGGAAAGACCCCCCCCCCCCCCAUUGUCAGCAUUGUCAGGAUCCCAGAAUGCAGGUGGUCCAACCUGUGAUACCCAACUUCCAGAGAAACCGAGACAGAGAGCCUCACUCACUCCUCUCAGGGAACAUUGGGAGCAGCGCACAGGGCAGGACGUGGGCUUUGUCACUUUCAGCUUCAGAUUUUUCCCCACUACACUUUCUUGCCUCGUGUUCUAGAAAGAGCACUAAGGGUCAAGUGGAACAAGUACUUCAUGACUAACCCCUAUUGGGGUUCUUACUUAGGGGCGGGCUGGUUUGAAUUUAAAUCGCUUGAGGUCUGAGUUCUGCAGCAGGGAUCCCCAGACGGGGCCUUCUGGGCAGGGAGACUGCAGGAAGUGGCCUGUGCCUAUGAAAGAGAACACUAAUCAGAACGCAUUUCAUGUAGCCAACGAACCUGGUUCAUUUCAUCUGAUUGACUUGUUUCCUGCUCCUCUCGAUGCAAUGAAAUGUUUCACUAAUAAAAACUCUUUAUAUAAAACA